AUGAGCCAGCUCACAUGGCUUGCUGUGGUGGUCGUGAUGGCCUUGCAGGCCAUCCACCAGGUGGAUGCAAAAGCUGUGUUUGCCCAUUUUAUGGUCACUAACUCAGAAAACUACACUCUUUCCAACUGGGAAUCGGAGAUGAAAUUGGCUCAGGAUGCCCACAUCGAUGCCUUCGCCUUGAACAUGGCAUGGAAGGACGGCACCAAUGACGCUUCUGUGGAGAUGGCGUUCACUGCUGCCAGCUCAGUAGGCUUUCAGCUCUUCUUCUCGUUUGACUAUGCCGGAAAUGGACCUUGGGAUCAAGAGGUUGUCAUCGAUAUGAUCCAGAAAUAUGGCACCACCUCAGCAUAUUUUCAUCAUAAUGGCAAGCCAUUCGUGUCUACAUUCGAAGGCCCUGGUAAUGCGGAUGACUGGGUGACAAUCAAAGCCCAGACAAACUGCUUCUUUGUACCAGAUUGGUCUUCUGUCGGCGCAAAGCCAGCCGUGGCCCUAGCCAAUGGCGUCGCUGAUGGUUUGUUCAGUUGGUCUGCUUGGCCAUGGGGCAAUCAGACUAUGGACACCUACACCGAUGCUUCAUAUAUCCAAUAUCUAGACGGGAAACCGUAUAUGAUGGCUAUAUCUCCCUGGUUCUAUACCAACCUUCCGGGGUAUAACAAGAACUGGAUGUGGAAGGGCGAUAGCCUCUGGUACGAUCGAUGGCAACAGCUUUUCGCUCUCGAUCCAAUGCCAGAAUUCGUUGAAAUCAUUUCUUGGAAUGACUACGGUGAAUCCCAUCAUAUCGGACCGAUAUAUGGGAAGUCUAUGGCCGCAUUCGAAAUCGGUGAAUCCCUCUACAACUACGCAUUGGAUUAUCCACAUGACGCCUGGCGUGAUGUUCUCCCUUUCUUGAUUGAUUUAUAUAAGAAUGGGAAAGCAACCAUGUCAGACGACAUAGCUGUCUUCUGGUAUCGCCCCAACCCUGUGUCCUCUUGCAAUCCCGCAGGGACAACAGUGAACACUGCCUCUCAGCUGCAGAUUGAAUUCGAGCCUGCAUCUGCCCUAGAAGACCGGAUCUUUGUUAUGGCAUUACUGCAGAGCGGUAACUCUGCGGUAUUUGUUAACAAUGAAUAUGUCGAUUGGGAUUCUCGACCAGAUCCCAAAAAUGAUCAAAUUGGAGCUGAUCUCUGGUUUGGUAGCGUCGCUGCAAACCCUGGGAAAGUUAACGUCCAGAUACUCAAAGGCGAUAUGACCGUUGCUUCUGGUCCAGGGAAGCGUUUCAGGGGGGGACUAGGUGGAACCUACCACACUGCAUACGACCUAGCUGACCAGGAGUGUGUCCAAGGCAAGGGCGCCUAUGACUUCAACGACCUCUGCAAUUUCACCUGUUCCUACGGUUAUUGCCCUGUCGGUGCAUGCACCUGCGAGCGGAUGGGACCCCCACGCGAUAAGCCUAAAUCAACGGGAACAAUUGGCUAUCCCGCAGAGGGGAAGGACGCCAACUACCUCGGCCUUUGCAAUUUUGCCUGUAACCUCGGCCAUUGCCCAUCCAAGACAUGCGAUACUACACAACAUCCGAUGCCAGUUCCAACCGUAUCAGACUUUCUGCCACCAGCCUGUGUUGCAGGCUCAGGAAACGGCGCAGUCGCCGGAUUAUGCUCGUAUGCCUGCGGCUUUGGUUAUUGUCCCAUUAACCUGUGCGUCUGUACCAAGACUGGAGCCCUCGUCCAGCCCCCAGCUCAGACCGCGCCCGCUGGUGAGGCAGGCCCCGACCAGCCUGAGAUAUAUAACAAUCUCUGCGAUUUCACUUGCAGCCGAGGGUAUUGCCCAUCUGGAACAUGCGCACCAAAGGAUGAUAUCGCAAUCUCGGGUAUCAAUCCGAAAAUGAUAUGGGGUGGCACAGGCGCUGCUGCGUGCGAUGCUGACCAAAAGCCGCAAAUUUUAAGAGAGUUCCGAUUUGCAAUUUUGAUGGCAAUGGAAGCAAUGGACAACGUACAAUCGUGGGGCUACUACGAUACUUUCUUCUCGAAGGGCGUGCGGAAUCGAGCGGAUUUUGCCCAAGUUGCAUCUAAGGUCUACGAGACAAUUGUUUCGAUGCUAGAUGGCUCCUCUACUUUCGGUCUCCAGGUUACUUGUGACAACGGUGCAAAUCCAUGUCAAAAAGAGAAGCCUGAUCUCGCCUACAUGAAUGCCGGCAAAAAGACAAUGAAUAUCUGUGACGGUUUCUUUGACAUGGAAGAGACAGCCUUCAGAUAUAUGAAUCCCCCGAAAAGCAUCAAAGAUGCACACCAUACAAGAGCAACCAUUCUUGUUCAUGAGAUGACACACUCCAAGUUUGCAAUGUCACCGACAGGCGAACGACAAUCCAAAGAUUACGCGUACGGGUGGGAGAGUUGCAAACAGCUUGCUGAGGGUACUUUCAACCGAGGAUGCGAGGAGUACGCCGGUCUCAAGGGGAUGCUUUGUGCGGAUCCAAGCAACCCUAAGAAGGAUGGGGUGUGUAACGCCGAUUUUUCGGCAAACAAUGCAGAUACGUGGGCCGUGAUCGCGGCUGGCAUUUUCUUCAGUGAAGUGGGUCAAAAGGCCAUCCCACUAGACCCUCCCACGACGGUGUCUGCUAGGGCUGAUUCUGGGUGUGUACGACAUGACGACAUUAUGUUUGAUGAAGGGUGCGGAUUUGAGAUCAGCGGCAUAGUUUCAUUUGGUGAUUCUUUCGCCGCAGGCAUGGGUACCGACCCCGAGACGACGACCGACAAAUGCCGUGUUGGUGGACACAAUUACGGUGGUCUGAUUCAUCAGCAUGUCGGUGAUGAUUCAGUGUCUAUCGAAAAGAAGGUCUGCUCUGGUGACACGACAACCGGCCUUCAACGUCAGAUUGGGGAAUGGGCGAGUGCAUCUUCUGCAAACCUGGCCACAUUGACCAUGGGAGGAAAUGACCUUGGUUUCUCCAAUAUUGUUUGGUACUGCGUUAUAACCCCGUGGGUUGGUCGAUUGGGAUCAACCAACCGCAAGAACUGCAUAGAUGCAGAGGACAAAGCCCGCGCGUUGAUGAAUGAUCAGGGGGAAAGCGGCUUGCGCUAUAAGCUCAGUACUCUCUACAGGAGCAUUCUGGACAAGGCAGAACAAUCUGACUUUUCUCUCUUCGUCACUGGGUACCCUGGCUUUUUCAACCAAGACACCACUGACUGUGAUAAGAGCAGCUUUCAUUACUGGUCGGGCGCCUACAAGCCUCCUAGUGAUUGGCCGUUUAAUCGAAUCGUUUAUCUUACAACAUCUCUACGCACAGAACUCAAUCUUCUUGUCUCUCAACUCAAUAACGUGAUUGAAGCUGCUGUUCAAGAUGCCAAUUCUCAGGUGGGAUCAACCAAAGCUUACUACGUUGAUGUCCAACAGAAGUUUGACACGCACCGCUGGUGUGAGGAAGGGAUUCAUGAGCCUGAUUCCAGCGCUCCGAACACCUAUUUCUUCUUGAGUGCCUGGCCAGACCUUUCUCUAGACAGCAAUGCUGUCACAUCGUCUGAUUCCGAAGAUAUCUCCUCUCUUAUGCAAAAUGGAAUCAAUCUUCCAGACGCGUCAAAUUGUGAAGAAACAUUAGGCUCGGAUCCAGAUCCUUGGGACAAAUGGCUCUGCCUGGCUUCUAUUACGAUCAACCAAGAGCCCGAUGGACCAAUGGCUUGGUCAUAUGGGAAUGCAACGCAGGACAUCAAAGAUGGAAACAUGCAAACGCAACAUGUCAGCGACUGGUAUCCCACUCGACAAAUCAAAACUUUCCAUCCACGGAGUCCCGGAAUGGCACUUUACCGCGAUGCUAUCCUUGAAAAGAUUGAUGAUACAAUUGCGAAAUAA